AUGAGCAAGCAGCCACCCAGAUCAAGAAAAGCCGGCCAGAGGAAGGAGGCGCUGGCGCUUUCCUGUCCUGCGACCGCCUCCCCGCGCUGCCCACACCCUCAUCGCUCCGCAGGAAUCCUGGGGACAGAGCAGGAGGACGAUUCCGCCCCGCGGGGCAGCGGACCCAGGAACCGCGAGCCCGCUCCUCCGCCGACCCCAGCCAACAGCGCACUCCCGCCACAGCGGCGCUGCAAGGAUGCUGCAGCCCCACUGGGAAGGCGCAGGCAGGCUGCAGCCGCCCGCUUUCCGGUCUCCCAGAACGCCACGCAGAUCACCGCCCCUCUCACCCUUGGCCCGAGCUGCCGCGAAGCGGAACCGCGACGGUCACCAGCCCAGGCAGCCUCUCUCGGGCAGGCGGCGCUGACGGCUUCGCGCGUCCCGUCUCUAAGGAGAAACCACUUCCGGAGCCGCGGAAUGACGGCACAAGGCCGGCCUUCUGAUGGGGCCGUUUCAGGGCAAGCUCCGCAGUUUUCCCCAGCCGCUCCGCCUUCUCUUAAAUUGAAGAUGGAUUAUUCAAGCACCUCCAUAACCUUCCUCUUUGCUGGAGAAUUUGUGGACCUCAACACUACUGAAGCUUUCCUUGACAAGAAAAAGGACUCCAGUUUAUAGGAAGCAGAUCAACGCAAAGCAUAAAGCCACAAGAGCUGGAAACAAGAUUGCUCACAACAGCACACUCCAUACAAUACUGGUUGACUUCUGUGCCUGUAAUUUUACCAGUAUACAUACUACAACUGACAAAAUUGAAAAUGCUAUCAAAGCCAUGGAAGUCACAACAAAUCACAGGGUUCCCCCUGAAGUUCCCUCUCUCAGCAAGGUAGAAUGACAGAAGGAUUGGUAAAUAUUAUUUGGGAUUUUAUAGUAACUGGUCACCCCAUUGUUAUCUUGGAAGAUAAAUGCAAACCAAUCAACCUGGGAAAAGAAAAUGGGCGGAAACAUGGAAA